GACGCACUUUGUUUACGAAUCGAGGGGGAGGCGAAACUGAGUGUUUGUCGGAUGAAAACUACUGAAUUUGGCUGCUGAGAUGGUGGGCAAACGCAUUCUGGUGAUCGACAAUGGGUCCUACGAGUGCCGCGUGGGCUGGAGCGACUCCAAGGAGCCGGAGCUGCGCUUCCGCAACGUGCUGACCAAGCCGCGCAAGGAUCGCAAGAAGGAGGCAAGUCAGCAGGUCUCCGCCGAAGGUUCUUCCGCGGCGGCGGCUGUGGAGGCACCGGCCGAAAUCCAGGUGGGCAACGACAUUACCAACAUCGAGGCGGUGCGUGCCCAUCUGAAGAGCCCCUUCGAGCGGAACGUGAUAACCAACUGGAACCAUCAGGAGCAGAUCUUUGACUACAUCUUCACCAAGAUGGGCUUCGAGGGGCAGGACAGGAUAGAUCACCCGAUCGUGCUCACCGAGGCGCUGGCCAAUCCCAACUUUUGCCGCCAGCAGAUGAGCGAGCUGCUCUUCGAGUGCUACGGGGUGCCGGCUGUAUCCUACGGCAUCGAUGCUCUCUACAGCUGGGAGCACCAUCAGCAGAAGCAGAAAAAGAUAGCGGAUGCCCUCAUUAUCUCCUUUGGCUACAGCACCACCCAUGUGAUUCCCGUGCUCAAUGGCAAACUGCAGCUGGAGCAUGUGCGUCGCCUCAAUGUGGGCGGCUAUCACAUCAUCACCUACCUCUUCCGGCUCAUGCAAAUGAAGUAUCCCGUGCAUCUGAAUGCCAUCACCAUCAGUCGAAUGGAGAAACUGGUCCACGAGCACUGCCACAUUGCCGUGGAUUACAAGGAAGAGCUGGUCAAGUGGGCCCAGAUGGACUACUACGACGAGCACAUCAUGAAGAUUCAACUGCCCUACAAUGCGGUGACUGCCAACAAUGCCCUGCUCACCGCCGAGCAGAAGCAGGAGAAGCGACGCGAGCUGGCCCAUCGCCUGCUGGAGAUCAAGAAUCGUCGCGAGCGGGAGAAACUGCGCGAGGAUGAGCAGCAAUUGUUUGUCUACAACAAGCUGAGGCAAUUGUACGAGCAGAAGAAGCUGGACAAGUUUGAGCGGGCUCUGCAGCAGCAGCAGAUCGGUACGUUGGAGGACUUGGACACCCUUAUCGCCACCAUAAACUCGCGCGUUAAGCGUGCCCAGGAGAGGGCUCAGAGUGCCCCGCGUCCCAGCAAGCAGCAGGAGAAGCUGGACAAGAUGCCCAAGCCCCCAGAGGGCGUGUCCCAGGCGGAUUGGUUGGCCGAUUUGCACAGGAAGAGGGAGCAGCUACUCAAUCGCAAGCAAGCCCGCCAGCAGCAGCGUUCCGAGCAGGCCAAGAGGCAUACGCACGCCGCUCAGGAACGAAUGCGCAUUAUCUCGUCGCUGGCCAAGAGCGAGAAGCGCCGCAAGGCCAAUGGUGAGGAGGAGGACGAUGGUUUUGGAAUGAACGACAAUGACUGGGACGUAUACAAGCGAAUCAAUCGUUACAAUGAUGACAGCGACUCGGAUGCGGACAACGAGCAGUUGCUGGAGUUCGAGAAGAUCCUAAAUCACUAUGACGCCAACUUUGACGAUGGCAACUCCAAUGCCCAGACCCAAAGUGCCGCCGAGAACUACCAGUUGCACUUUGGAGUGGAGGACAUACGCGUGCCGGAGAUCCUGUUCCAGCCCAGCAUGAUUGGCUGCUCAGAGGCAGGUCUGGCGGAACUGAUAGCGUUCGUGCUGAAGCUCUUUCCCGCCGAGGAGCAGCAGCGUCUGGUGGAUCACGUCUAUCUGACCGGUGGAUGUGCCCAGUUUAGGGGUCUCAAGGAGCGACUGACCAAGGAACUGCUGGAAAUGCGUCCGUUCCAGUCCACGUUCGCCAUCUACGAAUCGGAUGAGCCCACUCUGAGUGCUUGGCUAGGAGCUUGUGUGCUUUCAAGGGAGUCCGGUUUUGGCAAGACGUUGACCACGCGCCAGGACCACCAAGAACAUGGCAGCGAGUUCUUCCGGGAGCACAGGGCCAGUAAUCUCUUUUAUCCUACACCAAAAGAUUAACAUUUAUUUGAAACCACCGGAAAAUAUAUAUAGAGGACUAAAACAAGA